UGCAUGCACGCACCCUCUUUCGCACACACCGAACCGCAGAGUGCGCACUGCCGGCGUCUGUGUGCGUGCGCCGAGAUCUUUGCGCGUCUUCAGUGCGCCUGCGAUGCGGGACGAGCGCCAAGCGUCCCCAAACUGCACAGGAUUACAGCAAGAAGGGAGAAAGGAGGGGGGAGGGGGGGGGGUGAGGAAAAAAGUGGAUCCAGGCGCGUCACGCCGUCCCGAUCGAGCGUGGACCGGCGCGGGCCGAGACGAGCGCGCGAGCGGACGGAGGCUGAGUCGCCGACCCCCGGCUUGAGUCGCCUGCUGGCGGCGCGAGCGGCGCGAGGGAGGUGGCGAGGGGGAGAUGUCGACGGACAGCGAGCCCUCGGAGCGCCUGUAAGCCGGCGGAGUUGCAGUGAGAUCGGAUCCGGCGUGCGGGUUCCCGGCCUCCUUCCUCCGCCGCUCCCAUCUUCCAUCUCUUCCGUUGUGUUCGGAGGCUGAGGCGAGCGGAGCGGGAUGUGGGCGAUGCUGCCACAAGGGAUGCAUUGUGGCUCGGCUGAGAUGCUCCGGAACACCCGUUGCAUGCGUUGAUUACCAGAGAAAAAGCAGCCUCGCUGGACGUCAGCACCUGGUCUAUCAGGUCCUCACCUGCAAGUGGCCCGGAAUGAAGCCCUGAGGUACGCCCUCCCGAACGCCGCCGCCGCCGCCAUCAGGGAUGCGGACAGGCCCCCACGCAGCAGCGGCGCCGCUCUGAUCCGGGAUCAGCUGGGUGUUCAAUGGCCUGAUCUCCACAUCAAAACAGUUGGGGGGCCUUUCUGGUGAAAAUCCCUCACUGCGCGGUAGCACAUGGAUUUCAAGACCUCAAAUGAAGAGGAGCAAGAUGUCAUCUGCGUGUCGGGAGAACCUUUCUAUUCGAGCGAGAGGACUGUAACAAUCCGGAGACAGACCAUCGGAGGGUUUGGCCUCAGCAUCAAGGGCGGUGCUGAGCAUAAAAUCCCUGUGGUGAUAUCCAAAAUAUCCAAAGAACAAAAAGCUGAACUCGCUGGGCUGCUUUUCAUCGGCGAUAGUAUCCUCCAGAUAAACGGAAUCAACGUGAGAAGCUAUCGCCACGAGGAAGUGGUUCAGGUGUUGAGGAAUGCCGGUGAAGAAGUCACCCUCACGGUCUCUUUCCUCAAGAAGACGCCAGCCUUCCUCAAACUGCCUCUGAGCGAGGACUGCAUGUGCAUCCCGAGUGACCAGAGCAGCGGGACCUCGUCUCCUUUGUGCGAUAGCGGCCUGCACUUGAACUACCAUCCAAAUAACACGGACACGCUGUCCUGCUCGUCGUGGCCGGUGUCCCCGGCCCUCCGCUGGGAGAAAAGAUGGGUGGACCUGCGCCUUCUGCCGUUGCUGCACUCCCGCCUCUCCCAGCACGUGCCGGGCUCCGACGUGUGCAGGAAAAAUGCUUUCCAGGUCGUGGCCGUGGACGGGGUGUGCAGCGGCGUCCUCCAGUUCCCCUCGGACCAAGACCGCCUGGACUGGCUUCAGGCCGUCGGGGGCAACAUCUCGUCUCUCACUAAGCACAACGUGAAGAAGAUCAACCGAAAUUUUCCCGUCAACCAGCAGAUCAUCUACAUGGGCUGGGCCGACGAGAAGGAGCAAGACUCCGUGCAGGAACGAAUGUACUCGCCAAAGUUCCUCGCUUUGAGGGGUUCCUCUCUCUUCAAGUUCUCCGCUCCGCCGGUGACAACAUGGGACUGGACUAGAGCGGAGAAAAGCUUUACUGUCUAUGAAAUCAUGUGCAAGAUUUUAAAGGACAAUGAGCUGGUGGACAAGAGGAGGCACUGCUUCAGCGUGCAGACGGAGAGCGGCGAGGACACGUUUUUCAGCGUGGAGCUGGAGUCCGAGCUGCUGGUCUGGGAAAAGGCCUUUCAGAUGGCCACUUACCUGGAAGUGGAGCGGAUCCAGUGUAAAACGUACGCCUGCAUCAUGGAGAGCCACCUGAUGGGACUAACCGUGGACUUUAGCGCGGGAUUUGUGUGCUUCGACGCGGCGUCCAAGGCUGUCCUUUGGAGAUACAAGUUUUCUCAGCUGAAAGGCUCAUCAGAUGACGGCAAAAGCAAGAUCAAGUUUUUAUUCCAAAACCAAGACUCCAAAUCUAUUGAAGCAAAGGAGCUGGAGUUCUCCAACCUGUUUGCGGUACUUCAUUGCAUUCACGCGUUCUUCGCCGCCAAGGUGGCGUGCCUGGACCCCAUGUUUGUGGAGAGCCAGGCGACGGCGGCCAACGCCGCCAUCCCUUCGCUUGCGAGCAUCUCGUGCAAUUCGCAUACUCCCAAGCUGAAAUACAAGAACACUUGACGCGGCGUCUCCGCUUUAGUCUUGACCGUAGCCUUUGACGUUGGGUGGGAUGAAAGAGAAAAAAAAACCAGCCGCAUAACAAGUUUCAAGAAGACGCUUUAGACACAGACUUCCUCAGGAAAAUGCCUGAACUCUCGUACAAAGCCUUUGUGGUCUGAACAAGAAGCUCCUCACAAAAAAAAAAAAAACAACUCCAUGGACGCCAAAAGUGCGCAUUUGUUUCAACCUCUUUUUCAGUGGACUCACUCUAUGCUUGUUCGUGGGACAUCAAUAUUAAUAUUAGGAUUGACACAUGAUGCUACUUUGGUAUGAACCCUUAUUGAGGAUUCAAAAUUCGUCUUGGGGGGAGACAUACACGACAUGGGACAAAAGUCUUGGGACAAAUCCUGGCGUUGAUCAAUUAGGAAUUUCAAACCUUUUGUGAAACCCCUGAGAAAGAUUUGCUAUGGAUCAUAAAAAUUCAAAAGAUGAGCUUGAGUCGUGUGCAACAAAACGGUAAAACAAUCCACGAGAGUGUUUGCUGCUUGUCGGUGUCUUUUGCGCAGCGACGGGAUCAUUUCUGGUCGCAGAACAAAAUUGCCACAACUGUGCAUGUUAUGCUGCUGCCGGUCUCCACCUUGAUCGCUUUGGGAUAUUUUUGUGUUGAGGGCCUUUCGGUAGCAAAACAUCACAGUCCAUCGUGUGCUGCUCAUUAUUUCAACUCUGGGAUCGUUGUUUGCAGUACCGAAAUUCCCGGCCUACAGGGCGCACCUGGUUAGAAGCUUCACCGAGUACAUUUGUAAAGGAAAUACCAUUUGGUACAUACAAACGCCGCAGCUGUGUAAAAGCCGCAGGUGCCCACAUUGAAACACGAGACAUUUACAAAGAAAGACAGUACACAUAAGGAGUUUAACGGUAACGCCGUGCUAAUGCUAGCACUACACUAAAGCUAGUGCUAACACUAGCACCGCGCUAACGCUAAUGCUAACAGGGCCGGUUAAAAUAAAACUUACCAGUAAAUAUCACUGAUACACGCCAGUAACACAGGAGCAACACGCUAGCACAGCGCUAACGCUAGCGCAGCACUAACAAGGCUGAAAGUAAAAAAAGUCACUUCCUUGGCACAUAUAUUCCACCGGUCUCACUCUUACCUUUUACGCUCUAGUGACAGUGCCGUUAGAAAAAAAAUGCACAAAUUAGCCGCAUCACCGCAUAAACCGCAGGGUUGAAAGCGUGUGAAAAAAGUCGCGGCUUGUAGGCCGGAAAUGACGGUAAAUGAUGAUGGGCUUCUGAAAAGAACAAUCACAAGAUCGGGAUGUUUUCAUUUACGGGCUGUUUGCGGCAAAACGCAAUAUUGUGUUCUGCUUAUCUUUAUUAUUCGAUUAUAUUAUUAGUGGUUAGUUUUGAGGACAAUAUGCAACAUGCAGCAAAACAUUCAAAUAGUCACGGUGGUGCGUGGUAUGCUGCUUGGCAUGACUGUAUCAUCGUAACGUGGAUAACUUCUGUUCACGGAAAACACUGUCAAGCGAGUGCGUGGUAGGCAGCUAAUCACCCCCACCCCCCCAUAUUUCUCAUUUGCGGGUGUCGUUUGUCCCAAUACUUUUGUCUCCAUUGUGUACAUCACGAGCGGCAAAAAGGUGAGCUGCUGUUGGCGUCUGGCUUCAUUUCAUUUUCAGGUCAGGUUUGACUUUUGCCCCCUAAAAUUUGUAUGAUAAUGUAAAUAAAACAUUGACCUUGAAAUGACCUUAAAGAAUGACGGGAAGGAUUUUGGAGGGGAUCCGUUUGAGAAGUACUGUACUGGUAGUUAACUCAUAGUGUCCUCCAUUUUUCAUUCCCUCUACGGACCAAUUUAGAAGAAUAAAAUCAGCUUUGAUGAUUUUGUUUGCUUUAUGGGUUUGGAGUCCAGCUUGUAAAUAUAUAAAAAAAAAAAACAAUAUCGAUUGCAGUGAAUAAAACACAAUAGCGGGGCCCGAGGGAGGGGGCGGGGGCUGAAUGAAGGGUCGGCAAUGAAGGUCGUUGUUACGCGUCUUACGAAAAAUGUUGGCGGCAGCAAUACCCUUCAAACAAAAUAGGACUCGUGAGAGAGUUUAUUUUAUUUUUUUGCAGAUGUUUUAUUAACAAAUUACUAUCAUGAAUUAAUAAAGGAGAUCUUUUAUAACACUGUUCGCUGGUGAUCUUUUUCCUUUUGUUGUGCUGUCAUUUUACUGACGUCAAGACAGUCGUUUGCAUUAUUAAAUAAAAGCCUCCCUCAAAUUGUGAGUUGCUGAUGUAGUCACGUCAAACUCAAGGCCCGGGGGUCCAGAUCGGGCCCACCUCAUUGUUUUAUGCGGUCCCCGGAGGCAAAUCAACUUCCUUAACACGGGUGUCGCCUCUUUGGCGUGUAUACAGAGUCGCGUCGAAGGAGCAAGGACCUUGAGCACGACGCAAAAGCGCGCUCUCGCAUCGCUUGAAAGCUCGAGUGCUCGCUCGCGUCACAAUAGUUUAGCAUCCUCUUCAACAUCUUUUCUUUUCCGCUCGAGUCCCGAUGCCAAAUGCGAUGGCGCAGAGACGGGAGAUUGUGAUUGUGACCUUUAUUCUGGUGCCAAACAUCCACAGAGAGAAACAACACAUUUUCUUAAUGGACUACACGCCGUCGGUGACGGAUCGCGCUCGCCGCCCUCCGACAGAUCGAUGGAUUUUGGCUCUGCGUCCAGCUAAAAAUAAGAAAUAAAAAUAAGAUAUACUGGCCCUGUAUCUACGGUUUUGUGAUACAAAGGAACCUCCAAAGUCGAACAAAUGGGAAAAAAAUCUGCCUCUGGACUUCAAAGCUUGGCCGCACGGCAGCAACUCUUGUGAGACUUUACAGCACUGAUGCCAAAAACCUGUUUUGCUUUUUUGUGUGGUACGCGUGUUCCCAAAGAGUGAACGAGACAGAAAUACCACCCGUUGCUCAGUCCAAUAUGGGCAGAUAUGAAUUACAUGCUCAUAAAUUUGCCUUUUCCUAAUUGCGUUUAUUGCACUCUUGCUGAAAUGCUCUAACACGCCACAAGAUGGAGCCACAGCCCGGCUAAAUAGCAUAAAUUGGUGUCAAAGAAGUAUGCUGAGGUGACCGAUCUCCAAUAAUCAAGGUUUGAAUGUCGGGGGGGGGGGGGGAGCUAAGGUUUAGUUAGGGUUAUUACAGAAAGUCUUUGCUGCGUGCAUGUGAAGUCCUGCAUCUGUGGUGUAUUUUAUUUAUAAAGGUAAAUGGUUUAAUAUUAGUUUGCGGCAUAUCUACAAUUCAAUCUAUUGAAAAUAAAAAGCAUUUUUAGGGGUCGUGAAUUGCCUUUUUAAUCGCUAUUCACUGCAGUGCUCGGCCCCGAUUAGAUUUAUUAAUGUGUCUUCAGAGUAUUAUUUUUCCCCAUUUUACUUUGAAUUACUUUUCAAUCGCAACAAUCGCUAUAAAGGGCCAUUGGAAUUCAUAUACAGUGUAUACUCGGUUCUCGAACAUCUCCAUUCUCGAACAAAUCGGUUUUCAAACAAAAAUUUAGAGAUAUUUUUGCUUGUUUUCGAACGAAAAUUGGUAUUCGAACGCCUGCGACAAGAUUCGGAAAUAACAACGCACGCGGCCUGCUAACCCACAAGGCGCUUUGUUAUUGUGUACAACGCAGCCUCUGCACGCAGACGUGGGACAUUAUGGAUUCGGUUUUUGAACAAAUCGGUUCUCGAACCACCUUCUGAAACGGAUUCUGUGCUGUACCAGUAACAUCUCUAGGUGACCCGCGUGUACUUUAUUUGGGUUUUGAGUUACGGCGGAGUCAGAUGACGCCGCCAAAGCACUGCUUGUGUCUAAAUGGGGCUCCUCCGCUCACUUCAACCUAUUUCCUUUGCACCAACAUGGGUAAGAUGGCAGCCAAGCACUAAUUUGAUCCAAAUGAAGCUCCUCAACGCAUUUCAACCUAGUUUCUUAGCACUUAGAUGCCACAAGAUGACGGCAAAGCAAUAAUUUUGUUUUGGCCUGGACAAAAAACAUCAAGUAGAUAUUCCAUCAAUUAUGAAGGACAUGAAUAUGUAUGUGAAUGUCCCACCGUAAGUAUGCAAAGUUUCUCUGUUGCGUAUUAUUAAUUGUAGCAAUAAACGCCACUAGGUGAGAUUAUCGCACUUUCCUGUUCCCUCUUUGUUACAUGUCUGUUACGCACCUUCAUAGUUUUUAUUUACUUUAUCGUGAAGUGGUUAAGUCACCUGGAGUCAGUGUGGAUUGUGUUGGACUUUGGAGGUUCAACUAUGGUUUUAAUAUGUCCACAAUGGGUCAUGAAUUUUCAUGUCAGCAAUGCAAAUAAAACCUUGCGUGUUUUUCUAAAUCAAUGAUAAAUUAUUGCUCGCUUUAAAAACUUUCCAUGAAUAUUAAAAAAAAGAAACUAUCUCGGUGGGGGGGAAUCACCUCACCGUUACAGAAACACAGAAUUUUUUUUCACCCCUCUAUGAAUAUGUGUCAUCAAUGAAAAUUACAUAUAUAUAUUCAUCUAUUUAACAGACAGCAGUGGAGUUUUGGUGUACAAAGUUGCCCAGUGUCAAGUUACAGUACAGCAAGAAGGUGCUACAACAGACCCCAAAAUGAAACUGUAUAUAGACUAUAUCCAUAAACUUAUAUUUCAUAUAUUUUUCAUUUCAGCAUUUUAAAAAAAAAAAAACACUAAAUGACAAUUUCAAAGUCCAAAAGUACACGUGACCAAAGUAAAACAUGGAAUGUCGUCUCCUACGUGUGAUGUUGGCACUUAAAAAAAAAAAAAAAAAAAAAACACCAUUGCUAUUGAAGAUGUGCAGAAAAAUCAUACUUUUUAUCACAACAUUUCAUUUUUUUUUUUUUUUACACGUCUGCAGUAAAAAUCAUGCCGCUUGGCACCCCCUCCCCAAAAACCGCAAUAAGGUGCUUUGUUACACACACACACACAAAAAAAAGGCUUUAAAAUUUGCACGGCUUUCAAUACAAAAGCUAAAAUCACCUCAGAUGAGUCUCAGUUGAUUGGCGUGACUGAAUCAAUCUCAAAAUGUUUGCAUGCAUUAAAUAACUCCACCGGGGAGGGUCUUUGCCCCCCCCCCCCC